AAUGGAAACCGGUGUUAAGAAAGUUGUUAUUCCUGGUAAAAGAAGAUACUUAAUACCUUACCCCACACUUCAACGUCAUAUAAUUUACUUCACAAAAACAAAUACACAAAAACACUGACAGUCGUUUCGUCGGUUAGAUUUUCGUGACAUUUUUUGUAGUAUAUCGACCAAAUGUGCUUAGUAAUAAGGAAAGCAAAACAUCUCCAUUAUAACUGCUUAUUCAUUGAAUUUGCGCACUUUUAAAAUCAAAUUCAAUGAUACGGUCCAACUGAAGGGACAAUCAUGGGACCGAAAUGCAUAUGCCACGUUGCACCGCCAUCUUGAUAACCUUUAAACCCGGAACCCUUUUGUUAUUGAACUCGUACUUCAACUACUUGUCUUGAUCAGAGAGUUUGUUCGCUUGUUCGCUCUGUCCGAGGCCGAAAGAUGGGUCCACGACGUGCCCUGCUGUCAGUGCUGUUUCUGUGCGCCGUGACGACACAUUUGUCAGCCGGACUGAUCAUCUACAAGGACGUCAUCAGCGGGGACGAAAUGUUCAGCGACAUCUACAAGAUCAAAACCUUCGCCGACGGUUUCUUCUACGACGUCGAGGGCAAGUUGGUGACGACCCAGGAAUACUUGAUCUCCCUGGACUCGUACUCGGAUAUCAUCGGCGUUGACAUCGCUGUUAAUCACAAUCUUCAAGAAACUAACUUCACCAAGGACGAGUACAAGACAUACAUUAAAGAAUACCUCCGAAGGGUCAAGGCCUAUUUAGACCCCGACAGGGUUCAUGACUUCAGGGCUGCUGCACAAGGCGGGAUUGAUCGAAUUCUGAAGAGCUUCGAUGGCUUGAAGUUCUUCACAGGAGAAUCUAAGAACUGCGAAGGCAUGGUGGCACUUCUGGACUACAUGGAAGAUGGAGUUACUCCCUACAUGCUCUUCUUCAAAGACGGUCUGGUGCAAGAGAAGGCUUAAUCAUGUGGAUAAAAUGCCGGACUCUCGAGUUAUGCUGUUCACAUACAGACAGCUCUCUACUGACUUAAGGCAUGUGACACGCGUGUACCUAAUGUUAAGACGCUGAAAUCCUUAUAACUUGCUCUCGCAUAGUCGUAUCAAGAUGAAACAAUGCUUGAACUGUUUAAAAUGUACUAGGUGGUGUAUUUGUAUGUAAAAUGUUAGACGUUUGGGUUAGACAUUUACUUAUGCUCAAGCCUUAGCGAGGACAGCACGUUAAGUCUUUAUAUUCAUUAGCUUACCUUCUUUAAAUUAACUUUAUCCGCGACUACUUUGCUCAAAGUGAAGGAAUCUUGUUAGGCCAAAAAGAGCACACAUAAUUUUUUUUUUCUAAUUUGUCGAUAAAAAUGAGCUCUUGUGAAAAUACGUUACAAGAAAAACAAAAUAGCCGCGGACUCUUUCAAAAACAAGUGCGGAUACUUCAAAAUACACUAAAUGUGUCAGCAACACUACGAGAUAUUAUAAUACGAGGGGCGUGCAAUAAGAAAUGUCCCUGACCCACUUCCAGUUGUUUGAUCUAGAUGAAAUGUUGUA